AGUUCUCACAGCAGUUAGAGCAUUAUGACACCACAACCACAACCACAACCACAGCAACAGCAACAUUUAAUUCCUCCCAUCAUAGUAUCUUCUUACUCUCAUAACAGUACAUUGUCCAAAAUGUAUUCAAGUAGCAAUAGUACCUCACCCUAUGCACUAACGGUGCGGCAGCAACCUGAAAAGGCUAGAUUAUGCAGUUUCAAAGACAAAGUGGAUCGUCGACCGUUAGACCCACCGCCUAUUGUACAACUUCAUCGCAGCAAUAAUACAAAUUUCAAUGACUACCAUAUCAGUGCCAACUUUUUCCUGCAUGCUACCUUGGCAAACGCCAAUGAUCAUAGUGAUAUACAUUAUGUCAAUGGUAAUAGAACCACAGCGGGAUCCGUUGUCCAAUCGUUGCAUAAAUUGAAAGAUACUAGUAAUUCAGAGGGUGCUUUCUUCAUCUUUUCUGACAUAAGUGUUCGUAUUGAAGGUGUAUUUAGACUGAAGUUUACUCUAUUUCAGAUCAAAGGGAUCGAAGUCGAACGAAUCUGCUGUACUUUCUCAAACCCAUUUCGGGUCUACUCACCGAAAAAUUUUCCGGGUAUGUCAGAGUCCACUGAACUUACUCGUACCUUCUCAGAUCAAGGGUUAAGAAUACGGAUAAGGAAAGAAGCUAGGGCUGCUACUAAUUCUGCAACUAAUACUACUACUACCACUACCGUCGUAGCUCCUAAUAUGAAACGUCUGAGAAAGUCAAGUGAAACAGACGAUCAGCAUCAACAGCGCGUCAUACGACAACACUUGUCAUACUCGCCACCUUCAACAGAUACACAACAAGCAACAUACUAUCCAUACUCUGCUAAUUCCUACCAUCACUUCCGAUCAUCGGUCUCAGUCCCUUCAAAAGGGUUCAAUAGAGCAUCAACUACUGCGAGAAGUAGCAACAUUGCUAACAGUUAUAACAAUCGCUCAGCUAUGUCCAUGCAGAAUUUGCUUAUAAAUGAUUCAUCGGCCUCUCCAACAUCGCACGUUUCUACUUCUUCACCACAGCCGAGGUGGUUAACGCAUAUGCAAAUACACCCUCCAGUGAACCCAAAACCUUCGUAUUCUUUGCCUUUCGCUGUUACUCGCCAUCAUUCUUUUUCACCGCCUUUACUGCAACAGCCACUCAGUAUGAAGCUACCUGAAGUAUUGGAACCAUCUGUAUCACUUACAAAUAACAAGAGCUAUACUUCACCUUUCCCUUUAACUGCUUUUACUGAAGACCCUCCUUUCAAAAAUGGCAACACCAAGUUAGUUCAAUUACCUGCUUUGAAAACGAUUUCACCGCUGACGAAACGUUCUUACCAACAGCUUUACAGCGAAACCGGUCUUGAUGUGCCAGCAAUUGGAUAUAGUACUGAAACUAAUUCUGCUUCCUUAUUCAAAGCCCCUAUUAUACCAAAUGCCUCGGGCAAUAUGAGUAGAAUGCGACGAGAGCAUACAUCUUAGAAACCUCACUACAUUUCUUUGGAAAAUCUUAUUUAAACGUUCUAUUUAUUUACAUACCCAUUAAAAGUUAUACGCUUUCACAAAAAGAAACAAAAAAAAAACCCUCAAAAAACGCAGAGCAACAAAACAGAACAGCAAAAGUACAACACACUAUAUAUAUAUAAGUAUAUUGUAUAUACUACUUCUAAAGACACCAGCAUACUGUUUUACUCAGUUCAUUCAUACUUCCCCAAUAUUCUCAUCCUCUAUGGUAAACAAGAAAAACUUUUUUACGCGUAAUUCAUCCUCAACGAACACUACCCUUAUUAGUACUUUUAGUGUUGACACUGUCAGUAGUGUUUACAAGCAUUUAUUUCAUAUGCG